AUGAAUAUUUAUGACGGUUCAGACGAUACUGCACCGAUACUAGUCAGUCUUUGUGAUAAGAAUGCAACGUCAGGAAUAAGGCUUCGUUCUACUGGCAACAACAUGUUUAUAAUGUUGAAAUCUGGUAAAAAUUCUCUGAAUGGCGGAAAUAUGCAAUUUCAGGCUGACUUCAAAACCACGGCACCCUUCUCUG